CGCAUUUAGCUUGCCACUAAGCCACAAGGCAAGGGACGGACAGAAUUAAGCAAUAGUUUCGGAAACCAGGCGCAUUGAAUUAGACAAUCUUCCCAGUCUCGUCGAAAGUCCGCUACAGCACAUUAUGACUUUCGUUAAACCGAAUAAAGAUUUCCCCUGCUAGCCACUCCGGGUUCUUGCUAGCAGUGGUUGAGGCCCAAGCGCCUCCGACGGAGCCGUGUCUGGGCUUGCAGAGAAAGUGGCUCUUGGCCGCCCCCCCACUCCGAGGGGGAGGGGUGUUUCUUCGCGAAAAGCUCCUGAAGGGAUAUCAAAGUACCCUGUGAUUCUGGAAGAUACUUCAAAACACUUUGAAGAAUCUAGCGGUUCUGGAAAUCGUUUCUAGUUUGGGUAGGAAACAUUAUACUUGGUAAACUGAAGAAAUGAUGCAUACGCCAAAGACUGAGCCAAAAUUGUUCAGCUUAAAGGGAUUUUUCUGGCUUUGUCUCUUUAAGCUUCUGCAUAGUGAUUCAGGCAUUCUCAGUCAAGAAUUAACCAAAGUUGCAGUCCAAGCAGGAGAUGAAGCCAGGCUUCCUUGCAAAAUCACUAUAGGCGCAUCUCUAGAAUCUUACUACAUCUACUGGCAAAAGCCUACUAUCCCUGGUAACUCAGACAUGGUUGUGAUUUCAUUCAAGAAUGGUAAAGAAUUUGAAUCGGAGAAGGACAAAUCUUACAAGAACAGAUCAAAGAUAGAUAAUCAGAAUCUUACACUUUCAAUCUCCUCAGUGACAAUAAACGAUAGUGGAACAUAUAAAUGUAUUGCCAUAUUACAAAAUCACAGAGAAGGGGAAGCAUCUAUCGAUUUAUCUGUGAUAACUCCAUUCAGUAAGCCUAUCAUCCUGGACAAUUGGUCCAGUGAACGUUGUGACUCAACAAAUUUGACACUGAGAUGUUUGUCUCAUGGAGGUUCUUCAAGGCCAGAGAUGUUUGGAUUUAUCAAUAAAAAGGCAGUGAAUUGGACCUCAACUGUCACAAGCAACAAAACAUUGUUUAAUAUUACUGGCACUUUGCAUUUAAACAUGACAGAAAACAUGUUGGUCGAAUGCUUAGUUCGUUUUUCAGAUUUCCAUGUGUCAACCAACUAUAGCUUGAAUCUGACAAAGAACUGUUCUAAUAUUACAUUGCCACCAUUGCCACCAUUGAUUUCUUCACCUUUUGGGAUCAUCAUUCCUUCAACGGUGAUCCUGAUUUUCCUUCUAGUUGUGGUAAUGUCUGUAAUACUCCAAUACUAUUUUCACAAGCAUCCAAGAUCCUCCACCACACAUCAGUCACUGGCAACAGAUGAAACAAUACUUCAGGAGCAAUCUACUAGGCAGACACUGUCAGGGCUGGGGAGAUCUCCACUCUGAUUUUGAGUUGCAGCUCCCAGUCUUAUUUUGAUAAGAUAAUUCAGCCAGGAUGAAGAACUGUCCUAACAGAAUUUAAUGGUUACUAUAAACCACAAACAUAUUUGAAGAUUUCCCUUUACAUACAUGAAGAAGAUGGGUGAUAACUUUGUGUGGACUUUUAAACUAUUGUGAAGAAAACGGAGGUGUUCUCUUUUGCAGUGGGGUUUUGUCUGUCAUUUAUGCUAUGGUAUUAUUAUGAUUCUUUUAUUAUUAUGAACUGUUUUUGGUCUUAUUUAUAAAAGGUGGUAUGGAAGCUUGGUGUAAAUAACAAUUGGAGAAGCAUGUAAACACAACAAAAAUAAUGAUCAAAAUGUUAUGUUGUACUCAUAUAAUCAUCAGGGUACAGUGCAACCUGGGAAACUUUUUUUUAAACUUCCUGUACUGUAAAAGUAAUGCCCUGAAAAAAUCUACAAUUAGUCCAAAAUUUAUUAAUCUUUGUGAACUGAUCCUUGCAAGGUAUGAUUUUAGCAUAAUAAAGAGAUGUUCUCUUAUUUCCUAGUCAUUCCAUGCAUUUAAUAGCAAAAAAAAUUGCAGGCUAUUAAUAUUGUUCUGAAACUUGGUGAUUCCUAGGAAUAAUAGUACACCUACUACGUAGGUAAAUGUAGCUUUUCAUUUUGGAAAUUUCCCUUAAAUGGAUCUUGAACAUAAAUAACCCUGCUCAUUUAUAACGGAAAUUAUAAUUUAUGGAAAUUAUGUAACUUAACAUGGUGCUAUAAAAUAAUCUAGAAUUAAUGAAUGACAUGCAAACUUUGUAUAGAAGCCAGAGCUUAUAUUUUAGAUCAAUUAAUAAUGAAAACAAUGAAUUUGUUUCCAUUUUAAAGAACAACUAUAAUAUUCCGUUGGUGAUUAACCAAUUCAGUAUGAAUAGGAAAAAAGCAGAGCUGGGAGUUGAAUGCAUUGCCACAAAGAUCCAAGACCAGUUCCUCUUGAAUUCCGUUCACCCUUAUCUAGUGCUAAUUUAGUGCUGACCAUUGACUAGAUUCUUGUAUAUAGGCUGGAAUAAAUCUUCUAUGAUGCAACCUUAUGAAUGGUCCUGAUUCUUUGCAUCUGACAAAAUGCAAAGUUAAGUAGCUAAUUCCAAUGGAAGAUAGUAGCUGAAUAGUUUAAAUAGAGCAACAGGAUAGAUACAGAUUCCUAUUUGUCUAUAUAAUGGAAAAUAUUGUUGACACAAAUUCUAAAAAUAUCUGUACACCUUAGAUUACAUUUUAUACAACAAAAAUAUUUCAGACUAUUGAAUUUCAUUGCAUUUUUGAAGAAAUUUCAUCAUGCUCUCAGAAUGUUUCAUUGAAAUGUUUGUAUAUUAUCUUAUAACAAGUCCAUUUUAGAAACAGUAAAUAACACAUUAUUCAAUUUUGAGACAAAUUCUUUUUAACUGUGGUCUUUAUCACAUGGAAAUUGACAGUUAGAUGAAGAAAGUAGACUCUCCAUGCCAUACUGACAAUUUUGGCUGUUUUUCCAACUUUACAAAAAUAAAUAUAUGGGCCCAAUUAUGGAAUGAGCUACAGAAAUGAUGUUGGUAACUUAUGAAUGCAUCAUUUACUAGCAUAGAUUACACAUAAAUAAUUGCAAUGAAAUGCUUAUGUACAUUUAUAUACUACAUAUAUGUGUCAGUGUACAUUCUGUAUUUUUUAAAAAGUUUUUUCUUUUAUAAUUGUGUGUAUUCAUUUUUUUGUAUUUAAUUAAUAAAACCUUCUAAAAAUUCAUUUAAAGUUGUGCUAUUGGGUAUUGAUAUAGCCAUAGCUUAUUGGUCAUUUGAAUAAUCAAUCUAUUGCUGUUUUAAAUAUGUAUCUCAGGCUUAUGUGACAAGAUUUUAAUGAGCUAAAACAGUGUCUUGUAUCAUACCUUGAUAUGCAACAAAAUUAGAAAAUGCUAAACUGUCUUAGAUGAUAGGGAUUGGGUCAUCUAUGGCAAAGCUUUUCAACCUUUUCACAGAUUGUACCACUUCCCCCCUUUUUCCUCCCCACUGUGUCCUACU